AUUCUCUUUUGUCUGUGUACUGCCAUUUGAUCAGCAGGCACUUGAUUCCGUUCUGUUCAUUCCUGUUUUAGAUAAACAUAUCACAGCAAUUUGGUUUUGCACCUAAUUAUCCACUAAGAUAAAACAACAACAACAACAACAACGACCCAGUAAAAUCCCACUAGUAGGGUUUGGGGAGGGUAGUGUGUACGCAGACCUUACCCUUACCCCUAUCCACUGAGAUGAUGUUACAAUUUUUUUGUUGUAAUGAAGAUCAAAAUGGCAGUAAAUGGAGGUUAAUAGUGAAGGGGAGAAUCAAAUAUGUCAGGGGUACUGAUUCUGCUUAGCAGCUCUUUUCAAUUGCGAGGCGGGGAAAGCGAAGGAAAAGAGACUUUUCUUGCAAUUUUUGGUCUGGUGCAAUGGCAUUCUUAUAUUUUUUGAAUCCAAACUUUCAUGGAGACAAUCAUAUAUGUCAGGGGUACAUUCUGCUUAGCCACUCUUUUAAUUGUGAGAUGGGAAAAGAGAAGGAAAAGAGACUUUUCUUACAUUUUCUUGGCCUGGUUACUGCAGUGACAUUCUUAAAUUUUUUGAAUCCAAAUUUUCAUGGAGACAGAUGUGCGGUGGUGAGUGUGACUUGUAUUCUUCGAUGGGCAACCUAUAAAAAGGAACCAACAUGCCCUCAGUGUAAGCAUCCAUUUGAGUUUGUCUACAUCCAUCGCGCACUUGAUGGAAGCCUACAGGACUACAUGUUUGAGGAGAGCGUUUGCCUUCUCCUUAGGGCAUCAUGGUUUAAACCUUUGAUUGUGGAGGAAAGGGUGGAGGUUGAUGAUGAUAUGGAUGACUUAUACAUGUAUAAUUAUGAAGAAGAAGAAGAUUUAGCAGAAGAUUAUUUCGUUAGUAGUUCAUCGAGACUCCGUAUAGGCAAUAGACGAUGGGGUGACAACGGAUAUGUUAGUGCAGGAAGGCAAGAAGCAAGGCCUGUUUAUCGACCAAACUCUCAGGAAUCCGGUGCUGGUCCCUCUCGUGAGCCGAAGAAGAAGGAGGAUGCUGUUCCUAAAGAACUGGUUGGCCGGCGUGCAAAGAGGGCACUGAAGCGUGAAGCUGCUGAUAAGGCGGCUGCUGAGAAGCACCAGCAGCGUUUGGUUAGGAUGGGUCGGAAGUGAGUUGUGCUCCCAACAACCCUAAAGAUCUUCACUUCAUGAAUCGCGCACCCGUGUACAGUAUUUUCCUUCUCAUGUUUGUAAAAUAAUUGACAUAGUCAAUAUGCUGGAUUUACUGGUAUAAUGGGAUAGACUAUGUUCAUGUCCCUGUUGUUAUUUCCAGAUAUUUAUAAUCCUUGACAAAGGGGAAAGAAAACUCCUUGUUUUCCCCAAUAAAUGUACAUUGUUAGGUGAAUUUCAUAGUUGUCUUUAGAUUCUUGACAUUUAGUAAUCUUUUUCAAUUCUCUUAUCUGCUUCAGAUAGCAUUGGAUGGAGGAUUCAAAAAGACUUGUAAAUAUGUUCCAUUUGUUUCAUUUUUAAUAAUGGCAGUACUAAUUUCUGUGAA